AUGAUUUCUAAUAGUCAGAAUAUCCAUUAACGUUAAACAAACUAAAUAUUUCUUAGAUAACCAAAUCCUAGAAAGCAUUCUCCUAUUAAUCAUUUAAUUUAGAAAGGUUAUUCGAGAAUAAAUUAGUAAAUUAAAGAGAAAUCAAGCUCUCUAUCUACUACAUUAACAACUCACUAUCAGCAUCCUAGGAUUAUAUAAUCAACUGAAUAGAUUAAAAGAUUCUCAACAGAAAUUAAUUCACAAUCUAUGAAAGGAUCAACUAUUUAAAAUUUAAGUGCUCUAAAAAUGUUUUCCUCUAAACCAAUUUCUGAUUAAUAGUAGAACACAAUUAAAUUUUCUUCUUUUAUCUAAGAAAGAGUUAAUGAUUAAUCAAUUUAUUUAAAGACAUUUAUUAGAGAGAACUAAGAGAAUGAAAAGGAGUUUAACCAAUCUGUUAUAGCCUAUAAAAAUAUUUUGUUUGACAAAGAUUAAGAAAUUCGAAAAUUGUAGGAAGAAUUAAAAUAACUAAAAUAAGAUUACGUAUAUUAUUUAUUAAAAUUUAGAUAAAAUAUGAAUAUUUAGAAAAAAGAUUUCUAAGUAUUUUGAAGUAGAAUGAAAAAUUAAAAUUAUAAAUAUUAGCUUAAUAAACAGAAAUAAACAUAUUAAAUCAUUCUUAACCAUUUACAUAGUCUCGAGAAUAAUCAGAUUAUGUGAGCGCUUUGAGUGAUUAAGAUAAAUUAAAAUUAAAGACUUUACUUGAAUGCUAAUGA